AUAUAUAUACAUGAGUUUGGUGAUAGCACACAUUUGUUGAUUCAGCCUUCAAAUCUUUAUCCACUUCUCUCUUUAUCAAGAUUUCUCAUUACCAUUCCAUAGUCAUUUUGUAAACUGCAUAACAACGAUUUAGAGACCUGGUUUUCGAAAGGAAUAAAGUGCAUGUACAAAGCUUUCAAUAACAAAAUGAAGUGUUUUCAUUACUUCAAAGACAAAACCAAAGGCAGAGGUCAAAGAUCAGAACCAAUACUAAGAGCAGAAAGUAAUUUGAGCACAUCAGAGGAUGUAUCAUCAUCUAAGGACAGAGUUACUAUGUCCUCAGGAUCAGCAAAUUCUAAGGAUAGAGUUACUAAGUCCUCGGGAUCAGCAAAUUCGCCACGUGGAAUUAUAGAAUUAUACGAAGAAAAUGCUGGAAGAUUGAGGGUUUUUACGUAUGCUGAACUCAGACAAGCGACUAAUGAUUUCACGAGAUUAAGGAAGAUUGGAGAAGGUGGAUUUGGAUGUGUUUAUAAAGGCUCAAUUAAGCCUGUUGAUGGCAGAGGCGAUCCCAUUGUAGUUGCUAUUAAGAAACUCAACAGAGAUGGUUUUCAGGGUCACAAACAAUGGGUAGCUGAAGUACAAUUUCUCGGUGUAGUUGACCACCCAAAUUUGGUCAAACUAAUCGGAUACUGCUCAAUGGAUGGUGAACGAGGGAUCCAACGGUUGUUGGUUUACGAGUUCAUGCCAAAUAAAAGUCUGGAAGAUCACCUCUUUAGGAAUUCUCAUGAAGCUCUUCCUUGGCAAAGAAGACUACAAAUUAUGCUUGGAGCAGCACAAGGACUUGCUUAUCUGCAUGAAGAAUUAGAAGCUCAGGUCAUAUUUCGAGAUUUUAAGACAUCAAACAUUCUAUUGGAUGAAGAUUUUAACCCAAAGCUCUCAGAUUUUGGGCUUGCUAGAGAGGGGCCAACAGAGGGUAAUACGCAUGUCUCAACCGCGGUUAUGGGUACGCACGGUUAUGCAGCUCCAGACUACAUUGAGACGGGCCAUCUUACAGCCAAAAGUGAUGUGUGGAGUUUUGGUAUCGUCUUAUACGAGAUCCUAACAGGAAGAAAGUCGUUAGAAAGAAACCGCCCUAAAGAAGACCAGAAACUACUAGAUUGGGUAAGACGGUAUCCAAUCGACAGUAAAAAGUUUGGAAUUAUUAUAGACCCUAGACUCGAAGCCCGAUACUCACUCACUGCUGCAAGGAAGAUUGCAAAGCUAGCUGAUAGUUGUUUGCUAAAGAGUGCAAAAGACCGCCCUAAAAUGAGUCAAGUUGUGGAAUCUUUGAAGCAAAUAAUAGAAGUCUCGGCUGAAGGAAGCCCAUCAAACAAGAGUUUCAAGAUGGUUGACGAAGAGCCAGAAGAGUUGGCCAAAAAACCAAAGUCAAAGGAAGCUUCAGAGUCGUCGAAGAGAAGGUUGACUCAGUUGGCUAAGUUGAGUGAACAUGUAGGGGGAGUCAGCAAGAAAGGAUUUAUGAUAAUGCAUAGAGCUAAAGUGUCUUGAACACAUAAUGCAUUAUACUGGAAUAGAAUGUUGAGUGAACCCAAUGAUAGUAUGGGUGUAAGGGAUCAGAUAUUGACCCGAUUUUGUAUAAUUGGAUAUCUAAAUGCGUUGAGUUGAAAAAAAAUAUGAGAUGUAGAUUUUAAGAUUCAUGUACAUGAUUAAUUAGCAACUGGAAAUUUACUAGUUAA